AUGCAGGUCCUAAAUUCACCAUGGGAUGUAUGCUACGAUCCCUCAGAUGAGACCGUGUAUAUUGCAAUGGCUGGGCAACACCAGAUCUGGAAGCACAAUGUACGUGAUGGAGUAACCAAAGUUAUUAGCGGUGAUGGCUACGAGAGGAAUCUGAAUGGCUCAAGUGCCACCAGCACAUCGUUUGCACAGCCUUCUGGGAUUUCAUUAGCUUCUGAAAUGCAGGAGUUAUUUGUUGCUGAUAGUGAAAGCAGUUCCAUUCGAGCUGUUAAUUUGAAGACAGGAGGCUCAAGAUAUCUGGCUGGAGGAGAUCCAGUAUUUCCAGAAAAUUUGUUUAGGUUUGGAGAUUAUGAUGGGACUGGCCCAGAUGUGCUACUCCAACAUCCCUUGGGUGUUGCUUAUGCCAGUGACAAUCAAGUAUAUAUAGCUGAUUCCUACAAUCAUAAGAUAAAAAGGCUAGAUCCCGUCACAAGAAAAGUUACAACUAUUGCUGGAACUGGGCGUGCAGGAUACAAGGAUGGUCCAGGCUUGGCAGCUCAACUUUCUGAGCCAGCAGGACUUGUUGAAGUUGGAGAUGGAAGGCUUCUUGUAGCAGAUACAAACAACAACACAAUCAGAUAUGUAACUCUUAGUGACAAAGGUGCUGAGGUGAAGACACUAGAGUUGAUCGGAGUCCAGCCGCCAUCACCAAAACCGAAGGCAUUGAAACGCCUAAGACGGCGGUUAUCGGCAGAUACAGAUGUUAUUAAUGUCGAUGGUGGUUCUUCAAAGGAAGGAUUCUUGUCUCUUGCAAUUACAGUACCUGAUGGUUACCAUUUCUCCAAGGAAGCUCGCAGUAAAUUUGAUGUGGAAACAGAGCCACCUAAUGCAGUUGAGAUCGAGCCAGCGAACGGUUUUCUAAACUCUGAAGGGCUGGCAUCACUGAAGUUCAAAAGGAUAUCGUCAUCGUUGUCAAUGGGAAGGAUAAACUGCAAGGUUUACUACUGUAAAGAAGAUGAAGUUUGUCUUUACCAAUCGAUUGCUUUUGAUGUCAAAUUCAGUGAAGAGGCAGAACCCAAUCCAGCACAAAUUACACUAUCGUAUUCUGUUUUGCCAAGAGAUAAUUCAGGUAGUACACAACUAAUAGCUGCUAGAAAGAAUGCCAAGGUGUAG